CGCAGCCAUGACGUUUAAUUUGCGGUUGGCUCCGCUCUUUGACGAUCCCAGUUGUCUGCUGAGUGCCAGGAAUCGAUAUCAGUUUCUGGUUACCCUGCUGGUGAACAUUGCCACCUUCUCGCAUGGCCUGGGCGUGGGCUGGAUGUCCCCGGUGAUGAGGGAUCUGCAAACCGCACAGUCUCCUCUCGAUUUUGCCGUACUUGUGCAGGAGAUAUCGUGGAUUGGCUCGCUCGUGGGCAUUGGCAGUGUCAUGGGCAACCUUCUGGCGGGCACUCUACAAGAUCGCAUCGGUCGGAAGAUGGUCAUGUUCGGCAUUGCCAUUCCCUACUCGAUCUUCUGGUGUCUGAUCUACUUCGUGCAAAGUGUGGAGUACCUGUAUGUGGGUCGUCUGAUGGCCGGAAUGACUGGCGGCGCCUGCUACGUUGUUCUGCCCACAUUCAUUAGCGAGAUUGCGGAUACCCACAUUCGCGGGCGUCUGGGGUCCAUGAUUUUGCUGUCCGUCAAUACGGGCGUUCUCACGGGCUACAUCAUAUCCACGACAGUUAGCUACUUCACGGCACCCCCUUUUAUUAUUGCCCUGCCGGUCUGUUACUUCAUCUGCAAUUUCCUGUUUCCGGAAACCCCGCAUCAUCUCAUACGUAAGGGGAAAUUCGCGGCAGCCGAGAAGUCCUUCAGGUUCUAUAAGAACAUCAAAAGCGAGGACAUCAAGGCUGUCAGGGAGUUUGAGGAACUAAAGUCUGCCUUGACCAAGGCGCAAGCUGAAAGCGAUAUGUCCUUCAACUACAGGGAUUUCAUCACCAGGCCCGCUUUCAAGGCCUAUGCCUCGGCGCUGACUCUACUCAUUUGCAACCAGUUCAGCGGCAGUUUCUGCAUCACCACCUAUUUGUCGGACAUUUUCGCCGCCUCGCACACCACCCUGGACGUGGGCAUGUGCACCAUCGUGAUUGGCGUACUGCAAAUCGUGGGCAACUAUGUGACCACUUUGCUGUGCGACAAGUACGGACGCAGGAUCCUGAUGCUGAUCUCCACAUCGGGGGCGGCUGUCUGUUUGGCCACCUUUGGGUGCUUCACCUUCUUUGCCAGCAGAAACGAUCUAUCGUUGGUGGGUUGGCUGCCCCUCGUGAUCCUCUCCUUCUAUGUGUUUCUCUGUAACAUUGGAAUGGUUGGGUGCCUGUUUGUGGUGCUCGUUGAGCUGUUUCCAGCAAAGAUUCGAUCGGCGUGCGUAUCCACCUUUGUGGUCAUCCUCAGCUCCACAGUUUUUCUGACACUCAAGAUCUUCCCGAUCUGUGUGGCCGUCUGGGGGAUUUCCGUGACCAUGUGGUGCUGCAGUGUGAUUACGUUCUCCUGCUUUCUCUACUUUAGCUUCUAUUUGGAGGAGACCAGGGGCAAAUCGCUACUGGAGGCUUAGGUGAUUUAC